GAUGGCGGCCCCCCAGCCACGGCGGUCCCAACGGGGCCCAACAUGUCCUGGUUCCCCGACGCGCCGCUGCUGGGGACGGACCCCCCCACCUUCCUGAUGUCCACAGCCGCCCAGGCCGUCUCUGGCUUCUUCGUCUGGACUGCGCUCCUCCUCACCUGCCACCAGAUCUACAUGCACCUCCGUUUCUACAGCUCACCCAGGGAGCAGCGCCACAUCGUGCGCAUCCUCUUCAUCGUUCCCAUCUACGCCUUUGAUUCCUGGCUCAGCCUCCUCUUCUUCACCAACGACCAGUACUACGUCUACUUUGACACCAUCAGGGACUGCUACGAAGCGUUUGUAAUUUACAGCUUCCUGAGUCUGUGCUACGAGUAUCUGGGCGGAGAGAGCGCCAUCAUGGCGGAGAUCCGUGGGAAGCCUAUAGAGUCCAGCUGCAUGUACGGUACCUGCUGCCUCAGAGGAAGAACCUACUCCAUCGGACUCCUGCGGUUCUGCAAGCAGGCCACGCUGCAGUUCUGCGUGGUCAAGCCUCUGAUGGCCGUCAUCACCGUGGUGCUGCAGGCCUACGGCAAAUACAAGGACGGAGACUUCAACGCUGCCAGCGGUUACCUGUACGUCACCAUCAUCUACAACGUCUCAGUCAGCCUGGCUCUCUACGCCCUCUUCCUCUUCUACUUCUCCACCCGCGAGCUGCUCAGCCCCUACAGCCCCAUGCUGAAGUUCUUCAUGGUCAAGUCCGUCAUCUUCCUCUCCUUCUGGCAGGGCAUGCUGCUGGCCAUCCUGGAGAAAUGCGGGGCGAUCCCUCAGAUCAACUCGCCGGAGGUGUCGGUGGGCGAGGGCACGGUCGCCGCUGGCUACCAGAACUUCAUCGUCUGCAUCGAGAUGUUCUUUGCAGCGCUGGCCCUGCGGCACGCCUUCACUUACAGAGUCUACAUGGAUAAGAGCCUCAGCUCUAGAGGACUUCUUCCUACAUACGGAGAGUUUGGCCGCUGCGCCCCGAUGAAGAGCAUCUCCAGCAGCCUGAAGGAGACGAUGAACCCUGGAGACAUGGUCCAGGACGCCAUCCAUAACUUCUCCCCGGCGUACCAGCAGUACACGCAGCAGUCCACCCUGGAGCGGGGGGCGCCGCCGCCCGCCCAGCGCGGCCCCCCCACCGCCCGCGGAGACACGGAGAAGACGCUCCUGCUCAGCUCAGACGAUGAAUUCUAGACGCCGUGUCGUCCCGCUGCUGAGGUGUGAGGGCCGGACCUUACGCCAUCAGCCCGUAGAACCAGAACCAGAACCAGAGCUGGUUCUACACGGGACUGCAGAGAAAGCCUUCACAAACAUUUCUUCCUCCACAAACCCAGAUGUCUUAUUUGGUGGGAACGCACAACGCUGAUUUACUGCUUGUACAGUUUCACUUCGUCAAUAGAAGCUUAUUUUUAUAUUUUUGCUGAUUUUACAUUUAUUUUUUAACUCAGUAAAAAUCUAUUCUUUAAAACAGACUUUUUAAAAUUCUAAUAGCAGUUAUCCCGAGGGAUGCACCGAUAUGUACAUUUGGUCUGCAUCACUUUUAUUAUUUAACAUUAUUUUAGACAUGAACGCUGUAAAACUGCAACAUUAAAACAUUAUAAAUAUUAA